GACUCGUGCCCCCACCACCGAAAAAUCUGUUCAUUCCGUUUUCACUACUGCAGGCCAAACGUUACGCACCACUCGUUUCGCAAAGGUUAAGGUGUUUUGUUUGUUUUGAGUGAACAUGGCUGACUCCAAGUUAUUUAUGAGCCCUGAUUUUUUAACAACAUUCAUUGAAGAGUAUCGAAAUUUGCCGUGUUUGUGGAAGGUACGAAGUGCGGAGUAUUCCAACAAGUUUAAACGGGAUACUGCCUGGGAACAUCUCCUCCAAAUUACGAAAGAAAAAAUUCCGAAUGCAGAAACUAACUUUGUAAAAAGGAAAGUUGAUAAUCUUAGGGCAGCAUUCAGGAAGGAAAUGAGGAAGGUUCGUGACAGCACGAGAAGCGGAGCUUCCGCAGAUGAUACGUACACCCCAACUCUGUGGUAUUUCGAGCUCAUGAAGUUCACCGCAGAGCAGGAGCAGCCUCGAAAGACCAAGAGCAAUUUGGACGAGGACGAAGAAAAUAUUAUUGAAGAGGAAGGCAGUAUUGUUGAGGAGGAAUUAAACGAAGGAGAUGUGAACAAUGGUGAUAACGAACAAACUUUGAAUAGGGGUUCUCCGUCUACAGCUGCAAAAAGAAGAAAAACUUCGCCAAAAAAGAAGAAAACCAAAAAUGAUAGAGCUGAAGAGGAACGGCGCCAGCGUAAGGCUAUUCUAGAAAAGGCUUCCGCUGUACUUAAUCAACCCGAGGACGACUACAACGACCUAGGUAAAACGUAUGCAGCGAAAUUGCGCCGCAUGCCUGCUUCCCAAAGAGACAUUGCGGACAAGUUGAUAACUGAUGUUCUUUUCAAAGGGCUGCAGAACAAUUUAACAAAUUCCACAGUUAUUAUGGAUUAUGGAUAUUCAACUACUAGUUCCUGGCGUGUGAGAGAUACACCUUCUCCUUAUGGUACCUCAAAUAAUUCAACUUACACCACAUCUUCGACUCCUGAACAAGCGAACUAUCCAAUGCAAUCUCAAGAAGAUUAUGCUUUCUUCUGAUAACUUUUCUUUGUUUGUUUAAUUUCGUUUUCCGUUUAGUCCUGGUCAGCGUUUAUCUUUGAAUCCACAGCCCGUUACUAUUUUAUGUUUGUAGCCAAUGGAAUAUUUAUUGUUAAAUUGAUCAUGACGAUGUCGAUUGCCAACCAAUUGUCUAGAGACAAAUAACAUUUCUGAUUGACAAACAAAUGACACUGAUAUUAGCACUCGUGUUGCAGACAUUUAUUAUAUUAAUUACUCUUUAUAAUGUCAGAUCAAUAUAAAGUUGUCGGUACAGAGUAAUAUUCAAUUACUACACCAGAUCAAUGACGGGCGGCCGUAUGUAUGUCGACCGCGCUGCGCCACUCCGCUCGUGUUGUUGCUUCAUUGGAUCGAUUUAUACUCGUUUAUAUUAUCUGUCCGUGUCUCUACUGUCUUGCUCCGAUCUUAUAAACAUUUACAUCAUUUCUGCAGUGUGUACAGGCGGCCGUGUGUAUAUCGACCGCGCUGCGCCAAUCCGCUCGUGUUGUUGCUUCAUUGGAUCGAUUUAUACUCGUUUAUAUUAUCUGUCCGUGUCUCUACUGUCUUGCUCCGAUCUUAUAAACAUUUACAUCAUUUCUGCAGUGUG